GCCGACAUGGCGGGUUAUUUGACUCCGCGAUUCAGGAGGCUCCAGAGUCAGAGCGAGUUAGACCCGCGACGAGGGAGCGGGCGGCGACGAGGAGAUUGUGAUGGUCCUUUUCAAGCAACUCAAAUAUGGAAUAGUAUUAUUCACGCUCUUCACAGUCAGGUGGAAAUCAAAAGACGUAGACAACAUCUGAAAACAUAUAAAAACUGUUUCACCGGCUCGAAUGCUGUUGAUGUGGUACUAAGCCAUCUUAUGCAAAGCAUGUACCUAAGCUGCAAUGAUAUUUCUCGUCUGAAGGGAGUCCGAGUAUGCCAAGCAUUGAUGGAUCACAAGGUGUUUGAGCCAGUUGGAGCAAAGCUUUGCUUAUUCAAGAAUGAGAAAGAAACAGAGUUUGAAGACACAAACACUAGUCUCUAUAAAUUUGUAAAUAGCAGUCUUACUCCUCUUCUUCCAAGAAAGAAUAAAGACAAUGAAAGCUUAUCUCCUGAGCAAAUCUGCAAACAGAAGACAAAAAGACCUUCCAAAAUGAAGGGUGAAAUAACACUUUCAAACCCCUUAGCAUUAGAAGCAGCUGAUAAAACGAGGGUAGAGGAGCUUCUUCAAUCAAUAAAUGUUCACACAUCUUUACCUCCAAAGAUCAUGGUUAAUCAACCAGCUCAUCUGCUGUCCAAAAAAGUAAUAGAGGAUGUCUGGAAACAGCAAAGUCUGCUACGACUGCUGCAGUUAAUUGAUGUUCCACUUCUAGAAGAUAUCUUGGUGUCUUCAUUGAGGACAAAGCCACACUGUUUUGGCAAAGAAGAAGACCUGAUUAUCUCAAAUACUUUCCUGGACAGAGAGGUUAUAUGUAGCUUAAACUUGCCUGAGCUUGACAAAUGGCUCUAUGCUGCAAUUGAGUGCUUGGAGUAUUUCCCAGACCAAUUCCUAGUGAUGGUUAGUCAGCAGUUACCUCAAAGCACUGACAAACCCAGCAGUCUGGAUGCAUACAAGAAGAUUCUUUUUGAUGUUAUAAUAAAGUAUUAUACUCAAAAGAAGGACUCCCUUCUUGCCACUCAGGAUCUCGAUAUUCAUUCAGGAAUUAUAGAACUUAUAGAAAAAGGAAAAACAAAUCAAGCUCUAGAGGCAUCACAACUUUAUCUAAAAUUAUUAGCACCAAAUAUCCGAGAAGAACUACAUAGGCUCCUGACAUUCAUAGCCAUUGCAUCUGAAUCUGAGGGCUACAAGUUACAAAAACAAUUUGAUAACAGAUCAGUAAUCAUCAAGACCUGCACAAAGUUCAUCUUACAAAAUAAGACAUUGUCAAAACCACAGGCAGAACUGCUGACUCAGUUUCUGGUAGACAAUCACGCUGAGCUCUUCAAGACUCCUUUAACUCUUCUGGAACUAAUUAGUAGGAGGCUUGAGAGUUUGCUAGAAGGACAAGAUCCAGAUAUCGAUUCAGGCUUCACUUUCUGUCAGCGUGUGACAGCUGAAGAAUAUGAAGAUCAAAAACAACAAACGAAUCAGUAUCUUCUUGCUUUGCUUCAAGAGAUGGACAGUGACCCCACUAUUCCUUUGAAGCAGAAGAGGAAAUUAAUUAAAGAAUUACGAAAAUACCAUUCUCUUGCCUAACACAGUGGUUGUGGUACAUGUGAAUUUUGCACUCUAAAUGGUUAGACAUCAAGAUAAAAAGAGCCUUUUUUUUAAGGGAGAGAUGCAUAUAAAAAUUUUUCAGGGUACAAACCAUUUUCUUCAUAUGUCUUUACAUUUUAAUUUACAGGAAACUACAACUAUCAAAAUGACUAUGCUGUUAAAAAGCAUUCAUUCUAAUGAAUGACUUUUAAGCAAAAUGUACUUUAUUAGUAAUUUGGAAGUAAUUACAGUACACUUGCCUGUGCUUCUCUGAGUUCAGGAUUAGGUACUUUUUUCCUCCUCUAGCUGAGCCAAAUCCACGUUCAGAGACAUACUUGGGUUGAUAACCAGUAAGGUUUUUAAUCUUCUCUAUCCGUGUGUCAUCAUCUAACUGUAAUGUAAUCUUAAACUGUAGAUUAUGACUCCUGCUAGUAUUGUAAAAUUGUACAAAGCGUGUCAAAACUGUUAGGAGCUGGUCAGUGGGUUUUGAAUCAAUGGCAGGCAAGAUUCCUUAGGCAGGGGAGCUAUGUACGCUUGCAUUGUGUAAUCAUAGCCUGCUACUCUUUCCUCACUCUGGCAGACUGAGCCACUGCUAACAUGGCAGUUCUGCAAAAGCAAGUAAAACAUUACAUUUUGAAAGAACUUGAGCAAUAAUAAUCUUGGUUUAGAUCUCUUGGUGUACUUAAGCAGUUUAUUUUAACGUGAGGAUACUUUGAUAGUGUCUGGUUAUUUGCCAUAUAUACUUUGAUAGUAUCUAUGGGUUUAUAGGGCAAAACUAUAAAACACAUUGGCCUGUCUGGACACAUUGAUAGUGAACCGUACAUUGGCAAGGAAAUGUAGUUUCAAAUCAUUAAAAUAAAUACACAUUAUAAUAA